GACCAGGAUUGCCCACCCCUGCUUUAAACAAAACAAUUUUGUAGGAAAACAAACUUCAUCAGUGCAAAAAUUUAAAAACAUGUACUGUAUUUUCAGAAGUUUCAAUUUUUAUACUAAUAAGUAAAAAAAUGUGGUGGAUUUAUAAAACAAACAGCCUCAUUAAAAACCACCUCAUAACGCCUGCCUGUCCAGCUGUCGCCACAGCAACCAAGUGUAAACGUACGGCAGAAGGCACGCGGGACGACAAAGAAGAGAGGAAAAGUUUAAAUGUUUCAAAAAGGAUCAAAGAUUUACCUGAAAACUGCUUCAACAGAUGUUUCAGCAAGACGUCCACUUUCAGCAGGUUUAACAGUACGCCCUCAGUGUGGUCCCAGCAGGCACCGGUGGGUCAUUAGAGGCUGACGUCACAACGUCUGAUUGGGAGCUAUGGAGGUGAGGAAGCAGAGAAGCAGUGAUGAUGACGAGGAGCUGCAGGAAGAAAACGAUACGGUGGUUUUUGGCGUUAGCCCUGAAGCACCGGCGGAGAGCCGGGACGAGCUGCAGGUCUCCGACACCGAACAUGAGGAGAAGCGAAGGUGUGAUGCCCUUAUUUCUGCAUGUCAAAACAACAUGAGUGAGGUGGUGCAGGAGCUGCUGAGGACUGCGGCCGAUGUGACGUGCUGUAACCACCUCCAGCAGACAGCGCUCCACCUCAGCCCGCCCGAGCUGCAGGUGAAAAUGCUGAGGUGGAUGUGGCGGCCACAUCUGGCCCCACAGGCGCAGCUGCUGCAGGCCGCCUGGCAGGGAGACUCGGCCCGUGUGGGGCACCUGCUGACUCAGGAAGAGCGGGUGGAUGUGAAUCUUCCAAACGAAGCCGGUGUGACAGCAGUGAUGCUCGCGGUCAGGGACGUCGACCUGUUUGAGGGCCUAACGAAGUGGUUGCCCUGGGAACACAGACCUGUGGAAGUGAUCAGGAAACUGCUGGAAUCCUCAGCUGAUUUGAGCGUGCGAGACCACAGAGGCUGUUCUGUUCUCCAUUAUGCAGAAAAUAUCUGCAGCCGUCACCGAGAGGAGAUUGUUUGGAUUCUGACUGAUGCUCUGGGUCAGACAGGGACACAAAACUAUGCAGACCCCACAUUUGAUUUGUUUCAAGAUUUGGAUUCACAAUUAGAUUUAGACACAGAGCGGGACGACGAUCAGCGAACACCAGUUACACAACGUGACCUGCUGUGCAGCCACACAGAGGUAAAACAAUCAGAACAACAGGACAAAAUGUUCUACUGCUGUAAAUCCUUUUAGUUUUUUUAUUUAUUUGUUUAUUUAUUUUUGUGGAGCUUUAAAAAGUAUUAACUGCAUUGAAACUGACAAGUGAAUGUUUCUUGUUUAGGWUGCUCUUCAGUCUUCUGAAAUUC